UGGCACAGAUCAUUUGAAGGUGUGGAGUGGACGCCAGUGCUGCUGUGCUGCUGUGGGUUUCCUUCCCUGGAGGCACUCACAUGAUCUGUGCAGGAAUGGCCUCAGGGCUCAGUGCUUCUCCACCAUUUGUGGUUCUGCUCCUGUCCCUGCUGGGUCUGGCUGCUGCUGGGAAGCUCCUGGUGGUGCCAGUGGACGGGAGCCACUGGCUCAGCAUGCGGGAGGUGGUGGACAUGCUCCAGCAGAAGGGACAUGAGGUGGUUGUGGUGGCACCUGAAGUCUCUUUGCACAUCAAGCCAUCCAAGAACUUUGUGAUGAAAAUGUACUCAGUGCCCUAUACAAAGGAUGAAAAGGAGAAAGUUUUCAAUGCAUUAUUUCAGGUUUCCUUUGAAGAGGGAUCUUUUUUUGAAAGAUUUCUUAAAGUGUACAGGAGUAUGAAAAGAAUGAGUGACUUAGAGUUCUCCAGCUGUGAACAGCUCCUGCAAAACAAAGAGCUCAUCAGGAACCUUGAGGAGAGCAAGUUUGAUGCUGUCUUUACAGACCCUUUCCUACCCUGUGGGGCGAUCCUGGCUGAGCAUCUUUCACUUCCUUCUGUGUAUUUCUUACGAGGAAUCCCGUGUGGUUUAGAUUUUGAAGCCACUCAGUGUCCCAAGCCGCCUUCCUAUGUCCCCAGGAUACAUACAGACAAUACAGACCGCAUGACCUUUCUCCAGCGAGUGAAGAAUCUGCUCUAUGACAUCCCAGGUCUUUUUCUCUGUGAUUUUGCUUUUGAACCUUACUCAAAACUGGCUUCCAAGUUCCUGCAGCGGGAAGUGACUGUGCUGGAUCUCUUACGGAAGGGCUCUCUUUGGCUCAUGAAGUUAGAUUUUGUUCUAGACUAUCCAAGACCCUUGAUGCCAAAUAUCAUUCCAAUUGGAGGAGUAAACUGUGCUCACAAGGACCUGCCUCAGGUGCGUCUCCUUGUAAUCCAUGCCUUGAUUAUUUCUGUCUUCAGGAGGGUGGAGUUCUGGGUUCUGAUAGGAAUCUAGUCUGGUGAGUUAGGU